GAAAGUGGAACUAGGACGCUUGGCAGCCGUUCGCCAAAACAGCAGCAGGGGUCCUCACGAAGUACGCCGCCGAAGAUCGCGAACGUCAAGACAGGACGUAGCAAAAAACCCAAACAUCAACCGUCUUGCUGUAAAUUUAACUAGAGCAUCUGUCGGCACGCGAUCCAUCACGAUGAGCAGUGAACCGUUCUAUCUGCGAUACUACUCCGGCCACCAAGGGCGAUUCGGGCACGAAUUUCUAGAAUUCGACUUCCGGGUACUGGGGGAUGGCGGCAGUGCAUCUGCACGAUAUGCCAACAACUCCAACUAUCGCAACGACUCCCUCAUUCGGAAAGAGAUGUGCGUGAGCGACGCUCUUGUUGCUGAGAUCAGGCGCAUCGUCAAGGACAGUGAGAUCUUGAAGGAAGAUGAUACGAAAUGGCCCCAAAAGAACAAAGACGGCCGUCAAGAGCUCGAGAUCAGGCUGGGUAGUGAGCACAUCUCGUUCGAGACUGCCAAAAUUGGGUCCCUGCAAGAUGUACAAGACUCGUCUGACCCGGAAGGGCUCCGCGUAUUCUACUACCUCGUUCAAGACCUGAAGGCACUCGUCUUCUCGUUAAUCUCACUGCACUUCAAGAUCAAGCCCAUCUAAACAUUUGCUCAUGGUUGGUGGCGCCGAGCUGCAUGUUCCUGACAGCAGAUUUCGACGCAAUUGAAGCAAAAAUGCAUCAAGGGUCAAAUUGCGAUAAGUAUGACCAGAAGCGUGGAGUACUUAUGUGUGAAAGGUCUGGCACAGCCCGAGGUUAGCGACCUGGUACAGGGUCCACAAAGCCAUCUUGGUUUGCAGCCGGAAACGGUGCUCUCGCAUUUGGACUUCAGAGAAGAACCUCGAAUUCAAGCUCCGAUACCCAAGUUUAUCAUCAAAAGUAGAGCGGAGAUCAUCAAUGCAGUCAAUACGCCUGUCAGCACU